CUCGACGCGCUUGCGCUCGCCCGCUGCUACUUCAACAUCGUCUGCAUGGCUCCGGGCUUUGGGUACAUCUCGGCGCUGCGCACGGUCUGCCCGCAGGCGGUCGGCGCAGGCAAGCCGUGUUCGCUUCACUACCAGCGCGCUCUCAUUCUCAUCAUGGUCGGAUUCCUGCCGGCCCUUCCAUGCCUCCUGUGGUCGGAGCAGGUCAUGGUUGCCGCUGGCCAGCCGCCGGACCUAGCGGCUCGCGCUGCGCCGUACGCGCUGCGCCUCGCGCCGUCGUACUUCGGCGUCGUCGGCAUGUCGGCGACCCAACGCAUCUUUCAGGCGCACGGCUAUAACUGGGCCAACCUCGCAAUCACCCUCGCCGUCUGCGCCCUCGCGCCGGGGCUGCAGUGGCUGCUCGUCCACCGACUGGGCCUCGGCUACUUGGGCGCAGCGUGGGCGCAGAGCCUGUACAACUCGCUCUACCCGCUCGCCCAGGUGCCGUACCUCGUGUGGCGUGGGCACGGGCGCUGUUUCGUCCCUCAGCCGCCGAGCCAGCUGCUCCGGCGCUCGGCGCUCGUCGAGCACCUCAAGCUGGUGGCGGCCGGCUUCUGGAUGGUUGUCCUCGAAUGGUGGGUCUGCGAGGCCAUCGUGAUGCUCUCUGGCCUCCUCGCGCACCCGGUCGCUUGCAUCGGCGCCUCGACUGUGGUCGCAAACCUGCAGGCUCUCGGCUGCAUGGGAUGGAUCGGCGUCGCCGUCGCCGCGUCGACGACGGUGGGACAGUACGUGGGCGCGGGCAGUGUCCACCUCGCCCGCCGCGCCGCAGCGCUCUCGCUCGUGAUCGGUUGUGCCUUGGCGGCGACGGCGGCGGCGUCGCUGGUGGCGGGUGCCACGCCAAUCGCGGGACUCUUCACUACCGACGGCGCCAUCUCGGAUCUCACCGCCGCGCUCAUGCCGCUUCUCGGCGGAGUGGUGCUCGUCGACGCGGCCAACAACGCCCUCGGCGGCGUCUGCUCGGGCCUGGGACUGCAACGCUGGUCGGCCGCGGGACAGCUGGUCGGCUAUUACCUGGUCGGGAUGCCAGCGGGGUGCGCGCUCGCUUUCGGCGCCGCCCACCGCGCAGAGCGGGGCAUCUUCUUCCUGUGGGGCGGCGUCGGGCUCUCCAUGCUGACGGCAGCCGCCGUGCAAGCCACCGCCAUCCUGAGGCUCGACUGGAGCGUGGCUGCACGAACUGCCGCGAGGCGGCUCGCCAAGGACGAAGAC